UCCAAACGUUUGAGCUCAUGUCGUGCUCGUGUUCUGAGACCGCGGAGAGCAGGCACGAGAACAGGCUACUCCGACAAUAAUGCGAUUGUCAAACAAUCUUAUUGAUAACGUUAUCUGCACUCCGCAUCUCACCAGGCACCAUCAUGACGUGUGCAGCAGGACUGUCCGACUGCAGGAAAUUAAGGUGUGUCCGCAGGCGGCAAUGGGUGUUUAUGUCUUCGACAUUUCUUGAGAAAGUUUGAAGGACAACUAUAGGGCGAGUCUACUGGACACAGAGCUGACUCUGCAGGGGGUUUUGGACUUGGGGCGGUGGGGGCGUCGAUGGGAGCAGCGGGCCUCUCCACGACCACUGCUCACCGGGCGGAGAGGCGCUCGUCCCCGCAGGAGAAAGCUUGUGUCGGCCUACUGAAACGGACUUGCUCCUAUGUGUGCUUGGCCACCGUCGGGUUCCUGUUCCUCCUGGGAGUCUGCCUGCUCUACUUACCGGACCCGCUCACACUAGAACCGUCUUUCACGGAGGACAGCAGCGAGGUGACGCUGCUGAUAUGGACGCAUCCGUUCGGUCGAUACCGCAAACUUCCGGACUGCUUUGAGCUCUAUCAGAUUGGCGGGUGCACGCUCACUGACGAAGGGAGCGCGUACCCGCAGGCUGACGCUGUAAUUAUUCACCACCGGGACGUUGCCACGGGCGCCGCAGACCUUCCACCGGAACCGCGGCCACGCGCACAAAAGUGGAUAUGGAUGAACUACGAGUCCCCCACGCACACACCGAGACUGUGGAGCUUUGAGGGCGUUUUCAACCUCACAAUGACCUACCGGACAGACUCAGAUAUUUUCCUCCCUUAUGGAUAUCUAGUCCCUCGUGAACGCGGAAUCAAAGGUGUCCAGAACCGCUUUGCGCAACCGCUCCGCGCAUCCUCGCGGUCACACCUCCUCCGGCCCCGCCUCCUGGCCUGGGUCAUCAGCAACUGGUCGGAGUCCCAUGCGCGCGUGUCCCUCUACAAUCAGCUCCGCCGGUACGUCCAGGUGGAUGUGUUCGGGCGCUCGGGCCGGCCGUUACCGGAAGACAGCGACAGCAGCAGCGUGGUGCGGCUGGUUAGACGGUACCAGUUCUACCUGGCGCUGGAGAACUCACAGCACACCGACUACAUCACGGAGAAGCUGUGGAACGCGGUGCAGGCCGGUGCUGUCCCGGUGGUCCUGGGUCCAUCCAGGCAGAACUAUGAGCGCUUCCUGCCCCCCGAGGCCUUCAUCCACGUGGACGACUUCUCCACAGUGCGCGGGCUGGCCCGGUACCUGCUGAUGCUGAGGCGCAACCCGGCGCGGAUGAGGCGCCACCUGGACUGGAGGGGCAGUUACAGAUUAUACCAGCCCCGCUUCUGGGCUGACCACUACUGUGCGGCCUGCAGGGCGGUGAGGAGGACCAGAGGCACGACCGAUGUGGUCCAAGACUUGACACGAUGGUUUCACUCGUGAAACCAGCAGAAUCAUCUCAGGCAUGAACUGAACCGAGAGAACGGCUCACCUGACCACCAGCUGCCAACGUGGACAACAUACAUUCAUUGAUCUGCAACCUUGGUUGUUGCUUUCAUUUCAUUUAUAUGAUUUAAUUCAAUAGCUCUGAGGUCAUUGAGAGUUACAUACUUUGGAUUUGAUUUGUGCUUUGUCUUACUUCCUAUCAGAGUAAAGUUAUUUUCAUGUAGACUUUUAUCUCAUCUUCAGCUGCUUGUGGACCUAUUGUUCACUUCAGUUAACUUGUACAUUGUGUCAUGUAUUUCCAUGGCAACUGGUUUACAUUGAUGACAUGGUGUACUGCAUAAAAUGAGCUUGCAAAGACAA